GAGCCGGGCGUCGGGCGGGCUGUCAGCUGACUGUGGCGGCGGCUCGGCGGGCGCAACCGGUGGCGUCGCGACUCCCGGCGGCUCCGGCGCUCCCAGGGCGGCACCAUGGCCACCACCGUCAGCACGCAGCGCGGCCCGGUGUACAUCGGCGAACUCCCGCAAGAUUUCCUGCGCAUCGCACCCACACAGCAGCAGGAGCAGAUCCGACUGGACGCGCAGGCAGCCCAGCAGCUGCAGUUUGGGGGAGCCGUGGGCACUGUGGGCCGGCUCAGCAUCACUGUGGUGCAGGCCAAGCUGGCAAAGAAUUACGGCAUGACCCGCAUGGACCCCUACUGCCGCCUACGCCUGGGCUAUGCUGUGUACGAGACGCCCACGGCUCACAAUGGAGCCAGGAACCCGCGCUGGAACAAGGUCAUUCAGUGCACAGUCCCCCCGGGCGUGGACUCCUUCUACCUGGAGGUCUUUGACGAGCGAGCCUUUUCCAUGGACGAUCGUAUCGCCUGGACACACAUCACUAUCCCCGAGAGCCUGAAGCAGGGCAAGGUGGAGGAUGAGUGGUACAGCCUGAGCGGGCGGCAGGGCGAUGACAAGGAGGGCAUGAUCAACCUGGUUAUGUCCUACACGUCGCUGCCAGCUGCCAUGAUGAUGCCACCACAGCCUGUGGUGCUGAUGCCCACCGUGUACCAGCAGGGAGUUGGCUACGUGCCCAUCACAGGGAUGCCCGCUGUAUGCGGCCCCGGCAUGGUACCCAUGGCCAUGCCCCCCACAGCCCUGAGUGCCCAGCCUCGCUGGCAGGAAGAGGACCUGAAGGCCAUCCAGGACAUGUUCCCCAACAUGGACCGGGAGGUGAUCCGCUCUGUGCUGGAGGCGCAGAGAGGGAACAAGGACGCGGCCAUCAACUCUCUGCUGCAGAUGGCGGAAGACGCCUAGGCCUCUGGCCACCGUGUCGGAUGCAUGUGGUUCCCGUGGUUGCCGGCUGCUCGUGACUAGGGGGCCGCCCGGCCUCCCUCCCGGGGUGCCGAGUGACACGAAGCCCUCUGACAGAGCGGGUUGUCCUAUUCAUCCAGGCACACAUCCAUUACCUGCUUGUAGGGCUCAUUUCUGGAACCUUUACACUGAAAAUCUGUGUCCUUCCCUUGGUGUUCUUGUGGACCGGGCUCCUUGCUGCCUGCCUCAGCCAAGAGGCCGUCUCUUCCCUUCGAGGAGCAGGCGCUGCUCUGUCUGAGGGUUCCGAUUCCCAGAGGUGGCUCUGACCGCUCCCGCCUUCAGUCGGCACAGUUGAAACUUGGGGAGCCAGUGUAGCUACUGCGCUUUGUGCAUUAAAGGGUGAGCAGAACUCUUGGCUCCCUGCUGGGGUGAUAGGAGCGUUGGUGCUGGGCGGUGGGGAUAGGCUGAGGGACCCCUGGCUCAAGUGACAAGGUCUGAGCCCCUCCCUGAAGUGAUGCACUUUAUAAACAAACAUGCCCACCUUGGAAA